AUGGCAGUGUUCUGCAGGAGGAACUCUCUGACAUCUUCUGACAUGGAGAACUUGGUGUGCUCGCUCAGUCUCGCCGAGGGCUCAGGACCUCGGACAGCGCUGCAUCGCUGCGCCAUGGUGGGGAACAGUAAGACAAUGGCUGCUUUGAUAGCUGGAGGCUGUGCCGUGGAUCUGCAGGACCUGGAUGGAAACACUGCCCUCCAUGAAGUGUCUUGGCAUGGAUUCUUUCAGUGCGUCAAGCUGCUCAUCAGGGCCGGAGCUGACGUUCACAUCAAGAACAAGGCAGGAAACACAGCUCUUCACCUGGCGUGUCUGAACGGGCAUGCUCAGACGGCUCAGCUUCUGCUGAUCGGAGGGUCGAACCCCGACAACAAGAACAAGUUGGGUGACACCUGCCUGCAUGUAGCAUCUCGCUACAACAACCUGAGCCUGCUGAAGAUCCUGCUGAGGUCCCAGUGCAGUGUGUCAGAGACAAACCAGGCAGGAGACACAGCUCUGCACGUUGCUGCUGCUCUGAACCAUAAAAAAGUUGUUCAGCUCUUACUGGCAGCCGGCGUCGAUGGGAGAACCCAAAACAAAACAGAAGAGGCAGCUCUCGAUAAAGUCAGAGCCAAGCGAAACAAACAAACGUCUCUUCUCACUAAAGCUCCACAGGUUUGUUACCCGAGAAGAAACUUGAGGAAACACAGAGUGAGAGCCCCACCAGCUAAAGCGAGCCGCUCUGUGACGAAGGAAGCUUGCAGACAAACUGACCCCAGAUCAGCCAUCAAGGAUUUGUCUGAAAGGAAGGAUCACCUCCGACUGCAGAGUUUUUGUGAAGAUGGAGACAGAAAGGUCCUUCAGCUCUACACUCUGUACCGAGACAAGGAGGGCAAAGUUCGACAGGCUGCAGCCAGCAGCUGCCCCUGUGAGCCGCUCCUGAAGAAGGUGAAGGAUCAGGUGAAGGCCACAGAGGAGGAGGUGAAGCUGCACAUCCUGAACGUCCAGAAGGAGGUCAGCAGACGCCUGGACAGGAUGGAGCACAGGACUCGACACCAGCUCAAAGUGUUGGACCUCCUGAAUCAGGAGAGAGCUGCAGCUGAGACGAGGAACCUGAUGUUCAGGAUGGAGCAGAAAGCUGCACAGGACAGAGCUGAAGCCCUGAGGAGUCAGGCUGCAGCGAGACACGAGCUGAAGAGCUGGUGUCUGUCCCUGCUGGAGGACAAAGACAUCCACGUCCCAGCUCAGAUCCGGUACCACAAGCUGCUGCUGGAGACGUCUGCAGAACCAGAUGUGUUAUCUCCAGACAGUAGUGCUUCCCUCUCCACCAACAACUUAAGGUCCAGAUGUGUGGAGCAGAUGAGGAGCAGAACUUACUUUGAGAUGAAGGAGGACAGAAGUUCAGAUCAGAACCAGAACCCCACAGCUCCUGCAGAAGGCCCCUCAGGACUCCUGCAGAUCUCUGCUGCCCCCUCCUGGCACCCUGAAGCACUGCAGGACAGUCUGAGUCAUGGCCUCCAGCAGGAGUCCACUGAAGGUCCCACGGCCCUGGAGUUCAUCACAGAUCCACCUGCUGGAUCUGAGCCCACACUCAUCCAGGAGAGGAAUCACCAGCGAGCCAUGGAGGCGACUCGACAUUUCUUUGACGUUGUAACUUCUCAGUUGGAGCGUUGGUGCUACAGGAGGAUCCUGGACGUGGAGCAGCAGUCGGAGCUCAGGGCUCAGGUCGACCGGAAGGAGCUCCUGCAGCGAAUCGCAGAGCUGGAGGAGGAACUCCACAGGCUGAGGACCAGAGAGAUGAGAACAACUGAGCUACCAAGGGACAUAAGUUGA